UCUUAGCUGGAAGUUGGGAACCUGCUUGAGGAAGUGUCCGCCACCGAGCUUAAGAGUCCUAUUCUGGGCGAGGGACCCUGACUGCACCUGGGGUCCCGUCUAUGCAGGAGGGAACCAGAGCUGGCACGAGGGGUCAGGAUGACAGGCUCCAGCCGUCCGUGGAUAGUGUAGGAGGUGGGAGGAGGCCAAGGAUGGGGUGGAGGUUAUUUCUAGAGAUGAAUGGGGUUGUAUCCCCCCCACCCCCCACCUGCAUUGAGGCACCAGCACGGAAGAGGCAGGUCUAAAGUGCAGGGAGUAGGAUGCCUCCGAUGGGGGUGGGUCGAUGGGGGUGGGUCGGCGGCCUUAGGCACACGUCCUCCCACCUUUGCCUCAGGUGCCCCAGGAUGGAGCGCCCACGGGGCCUGGCGGUGGGGCAGGAGGCGCAGGAGGAGCAGGAGCUGCUGGAACGGGCCUUCUUCUCCUGGGCUGAGUUCAGCCGCUUCUUCGACGCCUGGUGCCAGCAGCGGCUGGCGCUCUUCUUCAUCCAGAGCUCCAUGCACCUGACCCGCUGCCACUGGGCCAGGCUGCCCCCCCUGUACACGCUCAUCGACGUGCUCAAGUACAGCUACGUGCGGCUGGUGUGCAAGGAUGUGCGUGCUCCCAGCCGGCCCGCCAUGGGGCACCACGAGGCGGGCUGCCCGGCCUUCAUCAUCGUCAAGCUGAGCCCCCUGCGGGACCGCCUGGUGGUGACGGAGUGCCGGCUGACCCACUCGCACCCGGCCUGCCCCAUCGAGUUCGCCUACUACUUCCGCCCGGGCCGCCUGCUGGCCAACACCUGCCUGCCGGUGCGCACCACCAACAAGAUCUCCAAGCAGUUUCUGGUCCUGGCCGACGUGCACCGCCUGCUCUCCUACUGCAAGGACCGCGACCACAGCGUCAUCGACGCCCUGCGCGUGCUCCAGGGGCUCUUCCACAAGGACCCUGAGGCCAAGGUGAAGCUGGUGUUCAUGGAGAACCAGGCGGUGGUGGAGACCGUGUUCUUCCUGACGUCGCGCACGCGGGCGCUGCUGCGGCGCUUCCCGCGCCUGCUCCUGGUGGACCGGCUGCCGGGACUGCAGGGCGCCCUGGACCUGCUGGCGGUGCUGUGCGUGGACGGCGCGGGGCGCGCCCGCCAGGCCGCCUGCUGCGUGGCGCGCCCGGGCACCCCGAGCCUGCUGCGCUUCGCGCUGGCCUCGCUGCUGCAGAGCGUGCCGGACGUGAAGGGCCGCGUGCGCUGCCUGACGGCGGGGCCCGAGGUGACCGCGCAGCUGCCCGCCGUGCGCCAGCUGCUGCCGGGCGCGCGCGUGCAGAUCUGCCGCGCGCAGGGCCUGGAGACGCUGUUCAGCAAGGCGCAGGAGCUGGGCGGCGCCGGCCGCGAGGACCCCGGCCUGUGGCCCCGCCUGUGCCGCCUGGUGGGCGCCCCGUCGCCGGCCGCCUACGCCGAAGCGCUGGUGGAGCUGCGCGCCCACGGACCCGCCGCCUUCGUCGACUAUUUCGAGCGCAACUGGGCGUCCCGCCGCGACAUGUGGGUGCGCUUCCGCGCCUUCGAGGCGGCCCGCGAUCUGGACGCGUGCGCCCUGGUGCGCAGCCACCGCCGGCGCCUGCUGCGCCGUCUCAGCCCCUCGCGCAGCAUGGCGCAGUGCCUCCGCGACCUGGUGGCCAUGCAGUGGGCCGACGCGUCCGGAGAGGUGGCGCUCGACGGCGGGGGGCCUUGGCUGGAGGGCGAGCGGUGGAGGGGAGCGCAGGUCGAGAAUGAGAGGGCCAAGGGCCGGGAGAACGGAGACUGGGGAGGGGCCCCCCCUGAAGGGAGUCUUUGGAGAGGCGCCCCGUUAGAGGAGUGGGCCAAGGAACUGGAGACCAGAGACCGGCGCGAGGCUCAGUCCGAAAGGGAGAAGGAGCGAGGCGUGCAAGUCCGGUACUGGAGAGGGGUGCAGCUGGAGAACCAGAAGGUGAGGGGACUCGAGGGGAGCGUCUGGAGAAGGUCCCAGCUGGAGAGCGAGCACAGAGGCUGGAAGGGGGCCCAGCUGGAGGGUGAGCAGGACUGGGGGCUGGAAGGGUAUGUCUGGAGGGGGGCCCCCGCGGAGGACCAGGGGCUGAGGAGCUUGGAAGGGUACGCCUGGAGGAUGGCGCAGUUGGAGGACCGACGGAUUCGACUUCUGCAGACUGCGGACGGGAGGAGCCAGUUGGAUUGCGCCAGGGCCAGGGGCCUGGAGGGAGGCAGCAGCCGCAGGGGCGCGCAGGUGCCUGAUGCAAAGGUCUCUGGACUGAAACCCAGAGACCAGAAGGGGCUCCGGGUGGAAGCGGAGAAGGGAGGGAGGGUGGAGGUCAGGCACUGGAGGGGGGUCCAUUUGGAGAAGCCCCCGGAGCCGGUCCCUGAGAACAGAGACCAAAGGGCGCCCCACUGGGGACAGGAGAGGAGAGGGCCGGAAGUUAGAGAAGAGAGAGGAGUGAGGUCGGGGGUCAAAAGGAGAAGGGACCUGGAGGACGUGGUUCUGGUCCAGCUAGGGGACACGAGGGUGACAGGCCUGGAGGAUGGAGAGGGAGGGGGGGCUCGGUCUGGGGGUCCCCAGAACCGGGGAGGGCAAGGAAGGGAGUGUCUGGACGCAGGAGGGAGGUGUCUAGGGCUGGGGAAUGGAGUCGCGGGCGGCACCCCCACGGGAACUGUGUUUGAGGGUGAUCCUGAAUGGCCAGGGGACAGACUCCAGGAAGGAAGUGAAGGAGAAGGCCCCAGGGAACCAAAGAGACCUCGCUGCCCUUCAGGAGAGAAGGAGGUGGACUGGGAGCCGCUGGCCAAGUUCCGAGCGGCCUGCGGGCCGGAGCUGGCGGACCUGGUGGCGGAGGAGCUGUCCUUUGCCAGGCAGCACGGGACCCGGGGUUUCCACGUGACUGGAGCUGGCUUUGCCCUGAAGGACGGCACCUCCGACUUCUUCCUGGACGGCGCCCUGACGCGCUGCAGCUGCUCCAUCCACGCUGCCCGGCAUCUGCCCUGCCGCCACCUCUUCGCGGCGCGCCUCCUCACGGGCGCAGCCUUAUUCCACGUGGACCUGCUCAGGGACUGCUGGGGGAGAGCCCCAGAGUCCUGACCCUCAGCCCCUGCCCGCCACCCUCCCUGCGAGGGCCGGAGGGCAUCCUUUUAUCCCAAAGAUAACAAGGCCGAGGCCAAGGAGGCCACCCCAGCCCCUCUGGCCACCUCCUGGGUCCGCGGGAACGUGGUCAGUGCUCUCCAAGGUCCUGGAGCCACCGGUGAGGAAGGCAGUGGCCAGGGUGGAUUCUGAGGGAAUACAGGUAUAGACAGGGUCAGGCGGGGGCAGAAGGAAGAAAGGACAACCGAGGGAGGGGAGGACGCCAGGCUCCGGGGACAGCCUGGCAGGAGCAGACUGGGCAAGUCCACGCAGCGCAGCAGGAGACGGGCAAAGCAAGGAAGAAAGAGGACAGAUGGAGGAGCGGUAAGGGAAGAAAAGACAACAAGGAGAUAGAAAUGGGGGAGAGAGCGCAAGAAAGGAGGCGGAAAUGGAGAAGAAACAGGAAGGAGCAGAGAGAGGCAGGAGGAGGGGAAGGGAAGGGGAGACAAGGUGAAGGAGAGGGAAGAGCACAGGGAGACCCAACACAGGAAAAGUGUGGGAGAGAAGACAAGAGCGGGGUGAUUUGAGUUCUUUCCCCAAGGACUGGAGGCUUGGAUCCCUUCACCUUCUGGUUGGUCAUUCCCAGAAGCCGGAACAAGAGGGAGCACAGAGGGUCUCUGUGGGAUGGCCCGGGGGCCUCCAGUGGGGGAGGGGAGCCAUCGGGGCUAUUGUGCUUCAAGAUUGGAAUAAAACAGCAUUAUUUUGGUUUCCACGCUGAGUUCUUGACUUCUGGGGGAGGGUCGGAGGCCCGGCCUGGAGGGAAAUUGAGGUGGUCCAGCAUUCCUUCAUUCUUUCAGUGGGCCUGUGGGGGACAGGUGGAGCCAGGGGGCCAAAAUGAAUCCCUCUCACGGCAGCUUAGGCUUCCUGUACCUCUACCUGCUCCACCUGCUCAGCUCAAUCCCUUCAGGCCUCUCCUCAGUGUCACCUCCUAAGGUCACCUCCAUCCCUGAACAGUUCAUCUAAGGAGCGAG